AUGAAGCUGUGGUUGGUUGCCGCCAUAAUUAUUUCUAUUGGGCUUCCAUCCGUAUUGGGCCUGAAGUGCAUGACCUGCACCAGUUCCGAGUCAUGGGAUAAAUGCGAAGGAAAAAGCAAGACCUGCACAGCUCCGCUGGCCGAUCAAUGUCUUAAACUCUACUUCAAAGUUGGCUCAACCGAGUCGUUCACUAGAAUGUGCGGAUCCGAUGCUUACUGUGAUGAGAAAACCAACCCUACCUGUAAAGCCGCCAGUGGAUCCUUUGAGUGUAAAAUCGACUGCUGCAAAGGUGACGACUGCAAUGCUGGCACAGCAACCCGCAUCAGCGGUAUUCUGUUUUUGUCAUGCGCCCUGACCUCUCUGAUGAUCUUUUUCAAAGCCUGA